AUUCCAUUUGGAAGAUGUGAUUAAAAAUGUUUCCUUGGAAUAAAAAAAUGGAUUUUGCUGAAAGGGUUAACGACCCUCGUUGGCCCACAAACCGCAGCUUGACGGUCAUGUGUCCUAGACAGUACUGAGAAAUAUCUCUGGUUCCUUUUAGCAGCUCAGUCUGUAGCUGGUAUGUCCGGAUCGUCUGGGUGUCAUCAGUCUGCCUCACCGGAGCUCCGCGCGGAUCCUCGCCUCGGGUCAGAGCCCGGCACCAUGAAGAGCGACACAAGGUGCGCCGAGGCGUCGGCAGCGCGCGCACAGGUGACGGACCUGCUCCAGAUAGUAGCAGCGGGACGGCGCGUCCUGGAGAAGCCAGACCAAACCAAGUAUAUGGACCUGAAGAGGAGCGGAGCGGAACCGGAGAGGAGCGGGGAGCCAGACCGGGAGCGGGUCGGUGGCGGUGCCGGGACUCCAGACUCUGACCUGCCUGGCAGAAAAGCUGAUCCAUCAUCGUCAUCAUCACCCCGCUGUGCGACAAAGACAGAGGCCUCCCUUCAGCUGGGAGGUGAAAGCGCGCGCGUAAUGACGCAUCUGGACAGGACAGAAGAGACAGAGGACACGCAGCACGAGGACAAAACAGCCCGGGGCUGCGAUUAUCUGAGCGGGAGGAGUGAGUCUGAGGACAAUGAGGAGGAAGAGGAGGAUGAAGGUUUGGUGCUUUUUUACGAGUCCGGCCCUUUCGUGACGGAGGACGAGUCUCACUACAUCACCACGCACGAGAUCCAGCUCUCCGAGCUCUCAGACCACGAGGGGGACUUCGGGGUGGGCUCCUCGGCGGGCAGCUGGGACGUUGAAGAUGACGGCCAGGUGUACCCGUUUGUGGAUUACCGCUUGGAGGGGGACGCGCGCGCUCAGAGCGCAGCAGCGGUCAGCACUCUGCCUGAAAGUGAUCCGCGCGCCGCGGCCAAGUUCUCCGGCUCAGAGGAGCAGAGCGGCGGCAACAGUGGGGGACAGAUCCACCUGUCAAUCAGAACCACCUCGCGAGCUAUAAAUGACCCUGGCACCGCUCGAGACCAGGAAAAUCUCAUUUAUCAUGCCAGGCGCGCCGGAGACAUGAGCCGCUGCGUGUUUAGGGGAGUGGACGGGAAGGCAGAGCCUCUGUGUGACAAGUGUCUCAUAGCUGCGCCCGGGCGCGUGCAUUUUGGCGGCAAAUUAAGAAGAAAAGAGACGCAGGAGCUGUCCAGCAGCACGUCCAGUGCUGUCAGCGAGCUGGACGACGCUGACAAGGAGGUGCGCAGCCUGACAGCCAGGGCCUUCAGGAGCCUGGCCCAGCCGUAUGCCUUCAGCUUCAGCACCUCCAGCGAGUCCUCGGCCUCAGACCUGAACAGGUGGUCCACGUUUGUCGACCUGCAAUAUGGCAACAUGAACGUGGAGACGAACCCAGACAGCAGAGGUUUCAUCACAGCUCCCAGCAGCCAGCUGUUCACUCUGAGCGGCACGCCCCGCACGCAGCAGAUCCAGCUGAUGGGAAAGUUCGGCCAGGGCCACGGCGGGGUCAUCCGGCUCACAGAGACACUCAACUUCCGCUGCAACGUCAAGUCUGCGGGAGAAAAGCGCGCGCCGUGCGCACAAAGCGCAGCAGGAUCACGUUCCGCGGAUGGAGUUACCAGCAGCGCGCUGAGUGGGGCCAGCGGGACGCCCCUCAGAGCCAUGGAGGACGCGCACAAGAAGGCCGUGUUCGCCUCGAGCCUCAUCAAAAAUGUCCUGUCCAAGAAGAUGCAGUUCGAGCAGGAGCGCAGGAUGGAGAGAGGAGAGAUCAGGGAGCCGCAGCAGGAGGGGGAUAGGUGCAGGGAGGCCAGACGGGGCUCCAAGGUCUCCCAGACCAGCCCGGACUACAGCAUCGUGUGCCUGGACGAGCUGGGGGACAUCGUGGACAGCGGCUCGUCGGAGACCAGGAGCGAGUCUCAGAGACGGGACAGGAGCGCUGCCGCRCCACAAACUCAUUUAGAGGCGGCGAGCGGAGCUGGAGUCGAUUCUAAAAAAGGCGCAGUGGAUGCGUCCAGAAGCACGCUGCUGCGGAGCCAAAAUAGCGCCUUCAGAUGCUGGAAGGACGAGGGGCUAGGGUUUCAGCAAGACCAGAGGAGCCUCGAAACUCUGCAGGACCACAGCGAGGCGGAUCAGCCCUCAGGCACCGGGAAACUCACGCAAAUGUCUCAUUUGUUUGUUCCGAGGAUCCAGCUGCUGUCCGGGGACGGGGAGGCCGGGCAGCAGCCGCACGGAGCGGACUGUCCUCGGGAUGGAAGCGGACCCAAAGUGCGCUCCGACAACACCUUAUACAUCACAGACUCCUGCAGGUUCACCACAUCCAAGUCCCCGGAGAUWAAAAUCAACCUGAGGAGCGUGAAAGACAACAGAACCGAACCUCUGGGAGUCUCCAAGCUGCGCGCUCCCAACAUCAACUCCGGCCUGAUCAGAACCGACAGCUUUAAAUGUCAGGCCCUGGCUGCAGCUCUGAAGGGUGAGUCUUCAGAUAAAGUUCCACACUUUAUGGUUAGAGACAUCAGGGACAACAAGGCAAAGCUGCAAACUCCCAUUCACCAAGUCCGAGACGUGAGGAAACUGGUGAAAAGUUCCUAUCACUUUGUUUCUUUAGAUAAUGACAACAAACCUGUCUCUGCUGACUGGGAACAAAAGAAACUCACACACAACCAGAAUCUCAGCUCCGCCUCUCCGAUAGUGAUCAAAUGUCAGUCAGUUAAUACCAACAAUACUGGGAAACAAGCAGGAAAUCUGGAGUUAGUGAAACAGGAGACUUGUGACACAGGCAAAUCAGAAGAGGCUAAAAGUGGCCCACCUCAGGGAGCAGCUCAGGCAUCAGAAAGAGAGACGAGGACUGAGAGCAGAGUGGCUUCAAACAAGCAGGACAAAGAGUCAGAGACRACAGAUAAGAAGCCAGAGUCCAAAAUAGCAAAUCAGGUGGCUUUGGAAAAACUCCAGGCUGCUGUAAAAACCAUGGAGCAGCUUUAUGUGUUCGAUAAAAAUGAGUGGAAAAGGAAGAGGGAGCCUCAGCUUCUGACAGACAGCCAUGUCCUGUCUCUGAUMGCCCGUGAGGAGCAGGGAGGACCUGAGGACAGACCAGGAGCGACAGGGCCCAUCGUGGACAAGACAGUCAGAAGAGACUCCUGUCCCAAUAUAGACAAGAAGACCCCACUAGUGACAGCGUCCCCUGAGACUGACAGCGUCCUCAGGCGGGAGGACGCAGACCUGAAGGAGCUUCAGACGUCCAGCAGCCACGAUGAAAGGUCAGGGUCAAAGUCUGUGCCGGCUCCGACCAAAACCAGGUCCAACAAGGCUGCUGACACUCGCCACCCAAACACCAACACACAGAAGCCUUUCAGCAACAAAAGUUACGCCCCCAAGUCCCCUAAACUCCCCGUAACUUUAAAAAUCAGCCAGACAGGAAGGAGCAGGAAGGAAGCAGCUGAGCGGAUGGACCUGGAAAGAUCUGAACAUCUGUUUUCCAACACAUCAGCCUGCAACGAGAACUAUCUCACCAUUCCAGCCAAAUCCCACCUCAGCAACAGCAAACCUGUUCUGUCGGCCGAAAAAACGUCAGCAAACACGUCUCAGGCUCGCCCUAGCAGUCCUCCAAGACACAAGGGAUCUGAGUCCAGGAGCCUGGAGGACCACGACCCGAAGCUGAAACGUUCCAGCCUUGUGAUGGAGACACACCCACAGGAAGUCCCCUCUGCCACCAUCUACCACUCCUUACCACUGGGGCUGUCUGCCAGCCAGCCACAGGUGUACUGCUUCUCCCCAGCGGUGACUCCGGCCCCMACCUUGGACCCCUUCCAGGCCACUCAGAGGAAGAUGCUCCUGGAUCCCACCACUGGGAACUACUACCUGGUGGACACACCUGUGCAGCCCACCACGAAGCGCCUCUUUGACCCUGAAACGGGACAUUAUGUGGAGGUGCCAAUGCCGCAGCCUCCCAUGACCCCCGUGCCCCUGCCCAUCUCCCCCCUGGCUCUCAGUCCUGGAGCGUACGGCCACGCCUACAUGAUCUACCCAAGCUUCAUGCCGACACCUUCAGUCAUACCUGCCCGGACCCUGGUGCAGUCCCAGCUGUCGGUGCCUUCAGAGGCAGAGACUGGAGACAGGACGUCCUCGCAGCAGAGUGAAGGCGUGUACAUGGACAGUCCUUUCUACAUGACCACUGCUCCCCAGGCCCCGGCAGCCUGCAGCCGGCCGCAGCACGGCUCCUCCAGCUUCAAGCAGCCACUCAUCAGCAUCAGCUCCCAGCAAGGACCCCGGAUCAUCGCCCCGCCCUCGUUUGACGGGACCACCAUGAGCUUUGUGGUGGAGCACAGAUAAGUCUCUGUCAGGAAGACGUUUGGUGCAGAAGCUGCUCUAGUUUAACAUGAAUGUAUUUUUUUGGUGAUGAUAGAUAUUUUUGUAUUAAACAGAUGUUUUACCUGCUUUAACGUUGUUAAAUAAUGUCACUACACUGUUUGAAGUAAAAGAUGUAAAUUUAGCUGCCUUUGUUAGUCAAUUCAACACAAGGAAACCCAUUUUAUCUACUGUUAGAGAAAUUAUUACAGACACAAAAAUAUUGCUCCAAACUUCACAGUUUAAUUACUGAAGGCUUAGCAAUAAUUUGUACCAUGUAUGAGGAUUUCUGUUUUUUUUUCUUUAACAUGAACAAACAGCUGCAGCAAUAGUUCUGAUAAUUYAUGCAUGAAUCUUUUUUUUUGUCUGUUUUUGCUCUGUAUGAGAAGAUUUCUGAGUUAAUUCUGUAAAAUGUAAAAGCUUUAUUUGUACACGGUGAUUUUAAACAUGUGGAUCUGCUGGACAGUCCAUCCUUUUAAAUGUUGAAAAUGUGUCACAGAAGGAAGGUGUUUUAUAAUGAACGCUGUCGUUAUUUGACAAAGAUUGAUGCAUUUGGUAUAAGUGCAGUUUGAUCUAUAGAACAGACUCAGAUGGAAGAAAGUUGAAAGUCAAAAGCCAGAGUUGAUGAGUUCACCUCCACGUCUGAACGUCUGCACUCUCACUGCACGACUAAACAGUUUUAUAAAAGCAGACAAGUUCUGUCCUCGUCCAGCAGACUGAGCAUGAUGAGGAGAAGUAACAACCAGGCAGAUAUCUGUGCAGGUGGUCCCACACAGGCUGCUGCAAAACGCCACCUGCAGGAACAUAAAUUGCUACAUGAUGGAUGUGAAGAGGAAACAUGGUGAGACAAAGAAUCAGCAAAAAUAUUAAGAUGUUUGUAAUUUUCUUACCCUUUAAUUCCCCCCACCAAAUAAUCCUCAUCUUCACUUGUUAUUUUGAAACCACUGCUGAAGUCAUCAGCUCACCAUCAUCGUCUUGUUUUGAUGAUGUCAUGUUUCUUGCUGUUUGGCUCCUGAGGAUUGUGGGUAAUUCUGAUGGGUUUACUCAUAAACUCAUCCCCAGUUGGACUGGAAGCUGUGGAGUUUCUGGGACUGUACUCUAAAUGUCUUAAGUCUCUGAACAGGGACUAUUAUUACAGGGUGAAUGGAAGUAGGGGCGCUGCAGAGGCUGGUGUUUGAGUGUUUCUGAAGAAAGCUGUGAGUGCAGACUGAUAAAAGUAUUUAUGGACAUUAAAAAAUGAAAACUUGAGCUGUGUGCUUGUUGUUUUGUCUUUAAAACAAACCAACAGAAGCCAAGUCUUGUGUCCUGGUUUGGAGCUUUAUGAAUAAAACUGUACAGAUUUCAAAUGAUGAAAUGUUAAAACUGUCAUUCAAUGUGAAAAUGAAAUAAACAAUUCAGCCUUUU